CAUCUGCCCCACAAACCUGUGACACUUUAGUGAAAUGGAAAUGCAUACUGAUUCGGCAUUUCGCCUGUAGUUAAUAUCUAGCCCAACUUCCAAUAUGGUAGAAGAGGUUGUUGUCGAGCUUUACGGUGUUGUCAUGUCCCCGCAGUGCCGAUAGUGGUGCUGUGAGGAGUCUACCGAGGACUGAACUAAAAAAAAAAACAGCAGCCUAGCACUUCCAAUGUUAGCCGUGGGUAAUAUCCAUUUUAAUGCACCAUUUCUUUAUAAUUAUUUGCGCACGACUUCAAAAAGGAGUAUUUUUCGUAGCAUGUCGAGUACCGAUGCAUAACUGGUCCAGCUGGUUAUAUUAAGUAUUUCCACAGUGUAUCCGGAGUGAAUACCCGUAGAGCCUGUACUAAUUGAAGCUGAUGUUUUCAAGGAAUAGAGUCACGUGAUGUACGAGGGGAAACACAUACACUUCUCGGAGGUGGACAAUAAGCCUUUGUGCUCAUACAGCCCGAAACUCUGCAAGCAGCGCAGGCUUAAUGGAUAUGCCUUCUGCAUACGACAUGUUUUAGAGGACAAGACUGCUCCAUUUAAACAGUGUGAAUAUGUGGCCAAGUACAACAGCCAACGAUGCACUAACCCCAUUCCUAAAGCAGAGGACCGCAGAUACUGUAACAGCCACCUGCAAGUGCUGGGCUUUAUCCCCAAGAAGGAGCGUAAGAAAAAACAUGACGCACUGGAUUCUGUAGCUCUGAACAUAACAGUGCCCUCUCUAGCUCUCAAAGCCUCUAAUGGCUUAGAUGGUUUGCCUCCAUCACCACCCUGUACUCAUCUGCCCCCUCUUGCCCUGUCUGACACACACCUGCUGGACCCUUUCGCCUUUUACGAAGAUGACCUGGAUGGAGUGGAAAACACCACACGCAAGAACUCUCUACUUAAGAGGAAGCCUGCAAGUCGGCUAGUGCUUAGUCACCAAGGGCCUCGCCAUGACGCUGACCUCCCCUCACCUAAAUCAGAGCAAUUGACACCAGUCACAGUGGCCUGCACACUGCCCAAAUCACCACACCUACCACCACCACCGCCGCCACCACCACCAGCAGUACCACCUAUACCUCCUCCACCCUCUCAGCAUGCUAGUCACGCUUCCUAUAUCCAGCUGGGGGCAUCACAGGCUCUGCCAUGUAAGCCAGCACCAGCUCCUUCUGGACUCUCUCUGGUUCCUCCCCUGCCCCCCACAGCAGGCCAGCAGUAUCGAAAAACCUUCCUUACUGUCCCCAGUCAGCCACCUACUGGCACUCAGGAGUGUCCACAGAGCCACACCAUCGCUAUACGACCCACUGCCUUCAUAGCACCUCCUGCCUGCCUGUCAAGGCUACAGCAUCUUGUACAGCUUUGUGCGAACAGACACCGACAGCAUGGCGACCUCUUUCCCCAUCUCGGGCUGGACUGGUCUGAUGAAAGUACAGAUGAGGAUGAAGAAGCAGAAGAGAGAAUUCCUUCAUUGCCUCAGGCCUGGAGACUGCAGGAAGGGAGUCCUCACCAUCAUUCCACUGGUGAACAUGAGGCGCCUCGGCGGUCUCGUCUGGCUCAGCUCUGUACAUACCUGCAGGACCGCUACAAGCACCUAUGCAGGCAGGAGAGAGCUGCCACACGCCACACCAGAUACAAAUACGCCUUUAGAAAAGCUCUGCUCCAAGCAGCCAGCAAGGACCCUGACUGCACAGGAGAACUCAUCCAGAAGCUCAGCAAAACAUCACACACCUCCAGCAGGCGUGCAGUUCAAAAAGAAAUGGAAAAAUCUGUGUGUACUGGUAGCACCAAGGGUCAACCCUGCAGCAACCCAUCUCUGCCUUUUACACGGCACUGCUUCCAACAUAUCCUGCUGAACCGCUCGCAGCAACUCUUCUCCAGCUGCACGGCACGGUUUGCUGAUGGGCAGCAGUGUUCUGUCCCUGUGUUUGACAUCACACACCAGACACCUCUCUGUGAUGAACAUGCCAAGAAAAUGGAUAAUUUUCUCCGUGGGGACAGUAACAGACGGGUGCAACAGCAGCAGAGACGGCCACGUAAAAAGACCAAACCACCAGCGCUAACAAAGAAACACAAGAAAAAGAGGAGGAAAGUAGUGCGGCGUCCCCAGAAACCCAUUCCUCCUGCUCUACCACAGGGCAACCUCCCUAUGCCCCCCACAUUGGCAUUGCCCACUCAUCAUGCCAGUAUCAGGAGCCCCUCUACACCUGACCUCAGUGCAGAUGAACUUCCUGAUGACAUCACCACUGAUAUAGCAGACAUUCCGAAUGAUUUGGAGUUAAAUCAGGAGGACUUUUCUGACGUGCUGCCGAGAUUGCCUGAUGACCUGCAGGACUUCGACCUGUUUGAGGGAAAGAAUGGUGAGUUGCUUCCCACCACAGAAGAGGCAGAGGAGCUUGUUCGCGCACUCCAGGCGAUGGGCUCCUAUCCUGACACGCUAGUUUGUUUAAACUCCAUGGGUGAACUGACCCAGGCUGAUGACCAUCGCGCCAUGAGCGUCUUCGCUGGUUCUGGGGUUACGGUGACGGCCAUGGGAGACCUCCUAAACGGUCGAAUAGCAUCGGACAACUUCCCGAGUCUGGAGCUGGAGGACAAUCUCCUCCAUCACUCAGCAGAUGAACAUUUCUCUCCAUCCCUGUCUCCUCACCCACCACCAGCCACUGCCUCCGCACCUGCUGCUGGCUCGAAUCGUACACUGAAUGAGCGAAAGUUCCCUCACUCAGCUCUCUCUAAACCCGAGCCUGCACUGCCCUCAUCUCCUCCAGGCAGCCAUUACAGCAGUGACCAUGUGCCCUCCCCUUACAGCGACCACAUCUCCUCCCCACACUCUGGCUCCUACCAGACUGAUCCUCCCCUCCUACUGGAGGUGCCUCUCAGUGGAUUACCAGGCGCUCCUCGUGCCUCCUGGAGCAACCUCGCCCUGUCCCUCACAGAACCAAUGCAGUAUGGGAACCUCUUGACACAGGACACUCAUCUCCUCUCAACCUCUCUGUCUACACCGCCCUCCAUCACUCACCCAUCCUCUGCUCCCUCCUCCUCUCCUCCAACCUCUCCUCAUGAUCUGCUCAGCACUAGCCAGCCCAAACUGCAGCUCCCACAAUUCAGUGCGGCCUUCGGUUAUCAGCUUGCCUCUCACAGUGGCAUCCCAAAAGACGUACAGCCUAGCCACAGUUCCACAGCGCCCCCUACGGGAUUCACAAGUGCUGGUGCCACUGCUGCAGGUGCCAACAGUGCUGCACCUACUUUCCAGCAGGGCAAGUGAAAGGAAAAGGGGCAGGCAUGUUCACACCCUUUUUUUCAGGGUUCUGUUAAAGCAGUAAUAGGGGUGAGGAAAUCAUGAUGAUGAUGAUUUCUUGUGCUAAGUUAGUGUUUCAAUAGGAGGCCUGGUUUAACCCAGAACUGCAAUCACUAUGUUACUGCCUCUCCUACAUCAUCACAUCACAUCACUCACUGCCCCCUUUGACGCUCAUUCAUUCUUUCAAUUAGCAGAAUCAGACAAUAGUAAAAUUGUCUGCGCUGUUUGAGUGCACAUUUAUGUAUUUGAAAAAAAUCUGAUCACAGUAAUGGGGCGGGGGGCAAAGCACCAAGAAUAUCCACCAUACAGCUUUUAUCCAGAAGAUUUUAUCUUGCACUGUACAUAUUAAACCUUUUAUGCAGACACUCAGAUGAAGCUUACUCAGUGGACCUAUCCUGGGCUGUAAACUUUCCUGUUCAGAGACCUCACAGGCACCUGAAGGUAAAAACCUGGUUACUCAGAGCAAUAAAGCACAUCAGCAUAUUGUCAUUACAGUAUUUAAACCAUAUAUGUCAGCUGUGUACCUCAUAGCAGCCAGACCUCAUGUUCAGUGUUGGUCUGUGAAAAAGCUCUCUCGUUUAAUACUGAGAAAGAACUUUUCUGCUUAAUACAGAGCUUAGAGCUAGACUGUGUUAUUUUACUUAUAAAACACCAACCUAACUCGUAAAGAAAACAAAUAGCUUUUAUGAUAAAAAAGGAAAAAUAUGUUUUGAUUUCUCACCAAAUAUAAGGAUUCAGAAAGUUCCAACUUAUGGUGCUCAUCAAGUUUCAAAUAAAAUGUCUGGAUGAGGUCUGUCUUUAAAGCAGAGCAGCCUUUUAAUAGGGGCUAGACAUGAGGGGAUAGACUGCAUGGCUGAAUGGUCUUUAAAUCUUUGCUGUGCUGGGACCUUUGGUGCAAUUUCUAUAGAGCAGGACUGUUCACACACUUCUCCUCAAACUUCCACAGUAAAUAAGGUUGAAAUGCCACACUAGACUGGCUGUAUCGCUCAUAAACUGUGGCAAGGUCUUUAUCACUCAGACUCUUCCCCUGAGAGGCAGCAACCUUCACAUAACCCUGGCCUUUUUUUUUUUAAAUACACUGUCAGUUCUGACAGUAAAUCAAUGGGUUUGGUAGAUUUUAGACAGAAUAACUAUCACAUAUAUUGUCAUAUGUAACAUAUUUAUAGAGUAGUAAAUGAAUUUGGAAGUAAUUGGGUUCUAUUGGUGAGUUUAACUAAGUGGCAGUGAAGCGAGUACACAGGUAUUUGAAGAAAAAAAAUAUUUGGAGGAAACCAGGUGGAGUUUUAGUUUUGUGAUGUACCGGUCACUAGUUUUAAUGGCUAUCAAAAUUCUAGUGAUUUGAUAUUUUCAGUUGAAUAAAUAAAUGUUUGUGGUGUCGUUUAUUUGGGAAAAAAAGACUUUGAUCAUGUUCAACAGUAUUUUUUGAUAGCUAUUAAAAUCCAGCUAGCAGUAAUAGUGGAAAGUUUGAUGUUUGCAUGAAAACAACCACAAAUGGCCCCUAUUGUGAAUUCAGUAAAUUGACAUGGAUGCUUUCAUCCAAAGAGAAAGAUCUAUAGGAAUGUCAGUGUGAUAAGCAUACUGGUUUUUUUAUUUUAUAUUUUUUAACAAAUCAAAAUGAAAGCUUACUAGGUAAUUUGUUUUAACUCCCAUGGAUCCGUUUAAAGUGUGAUCAUGCUCUAGCAUCAGUGAUUUUUAUCUUUUAAUUUAUUGUUUGAAAUCAAGGCUGCAAACAGGAGUAUUGCCUUUUGGUUGAGUCAAAAAUGUUUUCAGCAAAACCGCCCCCCCCUCUCCCCGUCGUGUCAUAUCCCUGCAGCUGUACCAACCCCUUAGAUAAGUUGCAUUGAGAUUUACUGCACAGUCAACCCUCUAAAGCAAGCCAUCAUCAGGGCUCCACUGGCACUUGAAACCGCUUAAAAGCUAAACAAUGGCUGACAAAUUCCUAUACUCAGUGAAUGUACUGUAUAACUGUUUUUAAAUGAUAGGAUGAGCUAAUAAUCUAGUCACCUUUUGUUAUUGGUCCUUGUUUAAUGUCUAAGGUAUUUUUUGUAUACAAAAGUUUACAUUUUUAUGUAUAUUUUUCUUGUAUAAAAUAUGUAAUAUGUGUAUAAACAUUGUAUGUAAUACGUGUAUAUAGUGUGAGAAAAUUUGAUCUUCGUUUUUUUGAUGUAUGAAUAAAUCUUGCUGUGCUGAAA